AUGACCAAUCAUCGUGAGUGGCUUACCGGAUUGAGGGAGUCUAGUGUACCCUACGUUCUAUUGGGCGAUGAAGGAAAACUGAGUGUGAAGGGGGAAGGAGAGUUGCUGCUCCAGGGAGAGUACGGGGAGCUGAAAUUGGAGAAUGUGCUUUUAGUGGAGAAGCUGUCACUGAAUCUGAUCAGCCAAACUCAACUUGACAGCACGGGGUGCAAAACCUUGAGCGACAAGGGGAAGCUGUGGGUUUUCAAUGAGGAUUGGAAGGUGGUUGCAGAAGGAAAUAGAAAUCAGGGGUUGUAUGAAAUGAAGCUGAGGAAGAAGGGGCUGGAGGAUGAGAAUGCCACAUACCUGCCAUCACUCGAAGGGGACCUAGCUAGGGAGGAGUUGAAGGCUCGGCUUGGUGGCUUACCAGUGAAGGAGCUGCAACAGGAAGCUUCAGCCAUGGUGGUUGGGAUGGAGAAGGUGGAAUUGGAGACCUUGCACAGGCGCAUGGGGCAUGCAAGCAUGGAUAGGGUCAAGGAGUUGAACCGCCUACCUACCAAGGGACUUCAAGCAGAUAUGACUCCCCACAAGGCCUUCUAUGGCAGGAAGCCGAAUCUGGGGUUUGCACGGGUGUGGGGGAGUAUGGUGCAAUACAGGGAGCCAGCUGGUCCGGAUCAUAAGUUACUGCCCAAGGCUCAUUGGGGGAUUAACCUCGGUACCUGCCCAGUGAGCAAGGGGUGGGUGAUAAAGGAUGUAAUUUCAGGAAAGGUCACGAUCACCCGGGAUGUUGUCUUCUACGAGGAGGUGAACUACCUGCAGUGGAAGGGAAUAGAGAAAGAGAUUGCAAGAGCAGGGACAGCAACUGCACCGAACAAGGCGGAGGAUCUUUUGGAGGAAAAGGAGAGUGAGGGAGUUGGAGACGAAGGAGAUGAGGAGCUUGAAGAUGUGGAACGGGCAGAUUCAGACGAUUGGGUGUGGGAGAAGGUACCAACCAGUGAAGCGGAUGAAACCAAUGGAGUGGAGAUAGCAGGGGAGCAGCCAAGCAAUGAAGUAGCUGAGGGUGGCAAUGAUGAAGUGGCCGGAGAAGAGGGAGAUGAAGAAUCAGCAGCUGAAGGAGAUAGUGAUCCUUGGGAGCUCCUAGAUAGUGAAGACAGCAAUGUCAAGAUGAGAGAGAUAGCGGACCUGCUUAAGGAAGGUGCCAUCAUCAUUGGAAGGGAAGUGAAAUCUGGAAAUGAGAAUGAGAAGGCAUUGGAGGAUCUCAGUGAAGAUGAGGCUGAAUCACCUGCAGAGGAGUUGGGGAAAGGAAAGAGGGUGAAGAAACCAAACCCUCGAGCCAAGGGCACGGCAGGAAUGGUCGCGCCGAACAAGGGUGCGGCAGUGACGAACAAGGGCGCCAAGAGCAAGGGUCUGGCUAACAAGGGCGCAGCAGGCAAGGGAGCGGCGGACAAGGGCGGAGCAGGCAAGGGAGUGGCGGACAAGGGCGCAGCAGGCAAGGGAGCGGCGGACAAGGGCACGGCGGGCAAGGGAGCGGCCGGCAAGGUUGCAACGGACAAGGCCGCGGCGGGCAAGGGUGCAGCGGGAAAGUUCGUGCCGAGCGAGGCGAAUAAGAGCGCGGCGACGGCGAGUCACAACGCCAAGAACCAGCCUGCUACUGAGAUGAUUGGAGCGGCGAGCAACAAACCCAUGCGCCCUCACAUGGCAACGGCGGAGGACGUGGCGAUCCAUCAUGAUGGUGGCGCGGCUAACUUGAAGACGACAUCAGGCAACGCGGCGAUUGCCCCAUCAAACGCACAAUCGCCGCGCCCACAUGUUGUGCGUCCGCACAUGGCGACUGCGUAG